AUGGCCUCGUGUGCCCAUGCUGGCGCUGCAGAUCUAAAUCCACCGGGGCCUUCCCAGGCAGUGUAUCGAGAAGACUGUACCCAAUGUUUCGACUCCAUUGAUGGCGAGUCCGGUUUGAAUGUAUGUCUCCAUUGUUUCAAUGGCGGGUGUGCCGGGGAUAGGGACCACGCUCUUCUUCAUUACCAACGUUCGGGUCACACUCUGGCGCUCAAUAUCCGAAGAACACCCAGGAAAGUCAAGCGGGAUGAGCCACCACCAAAGAUCUCGAAGCUUGCGAUCGCCGCGGAGACAGAGGAGGAUCGAUAUGACAUCGCGACAUCUGUGGUGUGCUAUUCCUGCCUCCAGAAAGAUGUCGAUAAGACGAGUGGGAAGCUACCCGUCGUAAUUGAGGGGAUCAUGAACGCGAUGACUUUCUCGAAGAGGGAAGAGGUCAAGGCUUGGGAGCAAGAGUUUGUGCCUUGUGAACAUACCCUUUGCCUGGUCCAACAAGACAUCGAGGAUCCUAACGCCAAAGACUCCAGUCAUUGCUCGACGUGCGAUUUAGCCGAAAAUCUCUGGCUGUGUCUCGAAUGUGGGAACGUAGGCUGUGGCCGAAGCCAGUUCGGUGGCAGUCAGGGCAACUCACAUGCUCUUUCCCAUGCAGACGCCACUCAUCAUGCCGUUGCUGUCAAGCUCGGAUCGAUCACUGCAGAAGGCUCGGCUGAUAUCUUUUGUUAUCAGUGCAACGAGGAAAGGACUGAUCCAGAACUCGCAGCGCAUCUUGCACAUUGGGGAAUCUAUCUAGCGGGCCGGGAGAAAACCGAGAAAAGCCUAAUGGAAAUGCAAGUGGAACACAACUUACAGUGGGAAUUUUCUAUGACCACUGAUGACGGCCGCGAGCUCUCCCCGGUCUUUGGACCUGGUUUUACGGGACUGUCCAAUCUCGGGAAUAGCUGUUAUUUGUCCAGUAUCAUGCAAUGCGUGUUGUCAGUUCCAGGAUUCCAGGAGCGGUACUACCGCCCCGCUGAGGAACCGCCUGUCAGUCAGGCCCCGGCACAGGACCUGGAAACACAAAUGAGGAAGCUCGCGGACGGAAUUCUCUCGGGUCGGUACUCUCAUCCCGAUUCUCGUGUUGUUGCGUCGCCAGAUUCGCCUGAAGUUCCUCACCAGAAAGGCCUAGCACCAACUAUGUUCAAGUACCUCAUUGGCCAGGGUCACGAAGAGUUUGCCACAAUGAGACAACAGGAUGCGUUUGAGUUUCUUCUUCAUUUAUUCAAGGCCGUCAGCAUGUCCAAACAUCCUGCUGGACUUGUCAAUCCAGUGCAGCAUUUCCGUUUCGAGGUGGAACAACGACUUCAGUGUUUGGCGUGCAAGAAGGUCCGAUAUAAAGUCGAUGAACAAGACAACAUCUCCAUUGCGGUGCCCGCGCGUCGUAUUUCUCCUUCCAAUGAAACGAGCCAGUUCGAAUCGGUGACUUUGGCCGAGUGUCUCGAAAUCUUCACCGCGGAAGAGAUCGUUGAACUCAGCUGCCCUGGAUGUGGUAGCCGAGAUGGGUUUUCUAAGCGAUCUUCCUUCAAAACGCUGCCGCAAGAACUGGCAGUCAACGCUCGUCGCUUUGAGCUGGUCAAUUGGGUUCCCACCAAACUAGAUAUUCCUGUUCUAGUGGAUGACGAGCCGUUGGAUUUUGGGCCCUAUCUUGCUGGUGGGCGUGAUGCAAAUGAGGAGUUAUUGCCGGAGGUCAAGGAAUCGGCACCAUUCGUCCCUGAUUCAGCGAUUCUUGACCAACUCUUGGCUAUGGGUUUCCCUUCUGUCAGGUGUGAGAAGGCUCUGCACGCGACUGGCAAUUGUGAUUCCGAGGCUGCCAUGAACUGGCUCUUUGCGCAUAUGGAGGAUCCGGACAUCGACGAACCGCAGGUCCUGGGCAACCCAUCCUGUGGGUCUACCGAGGCUGAGCCAGAUAUGGCAAAAAUCGCCCAGUUGGGGGAAAUGGGCAUUGGGGAACCCCAUGCUCGAAAGGCAUUGGCAGCAACAGAUGGUGAUGUCAACAGGGCCCUGGACUGGGUAUUCAGUCAUCCCGAUGAGGCGCUGGAAGACGACCCUGAGGGUAGUGGCGGUGUUGACUCUCAUCAUGUCACGACUGGGUAUGACACUAUACCAGCCCGCUAUCGUUUGCAGUCUAUCGUAUGCCACAAAGGAACAUCUGUUCAUGCAGGACAUUAUGUGGCCUUCAUUCGGAAAUCGUUUCCAGGUCAAAGCGAGCUUUCGUGGGUAUUAUUUAACGACGAAAAGGUCGUGAAGUACGAGGGCAUAGACGACAUGAAGAAAACGGCCUAUAUGUAUUUCUUCACUCGAAUCUAA